GCAGAUGUUCCUUCUUGGCUGCAAGCAAUCACACUUUGAUUUUUCUCCCCCAAGCACUCUUUUUUUUUGUUGCUUUGUUAGAGAAAAAUCUGCCUUGAAAGAGAAGAGGCGACAAAGGGAAGAAUUAUUUAAAGAACAAAAGAAAAAAAAACUACUUCCUGCAAAUGUGCUAGAGGAGUUGGCAUCAUCCCCACAGGACAGCAAUAACAAGCCAUCUGACACAGCUGAGCAAGAUCAGAAUAUUGAAGAUGAGUCUGAAAGUGAAAGUGUGAUGGAAGACAAUGACGAAGAAACGUUGGCAGAUAGGCUCCAGCAAAGCUAUAAGGCAGUGCAGCUAAAAGACCAAGCGUUAGCUAACAGGCAGCAGCAAGCAGCCAGAGAGUUCGUACAAAGGCAGCUCUACGGAGGCAAUAGCAACCGAACUACAGCAAACAAGUAUUUUUCUCUUGAAAACAAGAAGAAUACAGUUAAAAAAGCUGCAAUCCAGUUUGUUGUUAAUUCUUGGGGUAAAAAGAAAAAACAAAAAGCCAAGCACUUUACAAAGCGUUGGAUCGCUUCAAAGAUGGUACCCAAAACAUAAUUUGCUUGCAUUUUGACUACCUGAAGAUUAUUCCUAAGUCUGUUAUCAUGAAGAUUUUGUUUCAUAAAAGUGUAUUUUUUUAAGGAUGUGAAAUUUCUAUAUAAACGUUGUGUUCAGUAGUUAAGAGUCCUGGCAGUCUGCUGUACUUUUCAAGAAAACCUGGUUUGAGAUUUUCUAAGUUCUCCUGUAAAAUGCAGAGAGCUCUGUUCAACUAAUGUAAGGCUCACACGGAUGAAAAGUGUACAGCAUUUUGUCCUUCAUUACAAUUACAUUACCUUAGGGAAGGUGGCCUUGAUUGCUAUGUGAAAGUCUGACCUUUAAAAUUAAGGAUUAUAAAAGUUAUCAUUGAGUCAUGUUUAUUGUCUGCAUGGGGGUCCAAGGCUUGUGUACUGAUAUUUGGUCAAUGGACAGGAAUGUCUAAUUUAAAGCAGUUGUCUCUGUCACAAGUUUGUACAGUCAAAUUAUGGCUGGAUCUCUCUCUGGGAAGUUUAGGAUGAGAAAUUUGCAGAUUUAUAUAUAAAAACUGGCUCAAGCUUGAUGGUAGCACAGAGUGAAAUAUAUUGAGGAGAGAGUUUUCUUGGCAGUCUCUGCUUACAUAAACAGGCAUAAGCUUCUUGGUUUCACAGACAUUAAAGUUGCAAAGGCAGGACUAUUCACACAAGUUCCAGUUUCCUUCCUUAUCCACUGGCUAGGGAUCAAACCCCACCCCUAUCUUGUAGGAGCUGUUUCCCUCAGACUUGUCAGGGAUGGGUUAUGUAUCCCACUGCCCUAACUCAGGAGCCUUCUUGUUCCUCUCACAGUCUGCUUUGCUUUCCAACUCCUGACAUAGUUAGCUGAAGAAUUCUAUCUGAAUCCUCUAUCCUUCUCAGCCCAGGUCACAUCACUAACCAUUUACAGUUCACCACAGUGUCUGUCUGUAACAUGGCCAUCCCACAAUCAUACAACCUGUAAUACACAUCAGAGUUAAGAGUGAACCCGCCUAGAAAUAGAAUGCUGAGCUUUCAAUAAAGGUCAUUACCAGCAAAUGAGUGGAAGUGGUUACUUUGGCAUUUUUCUAACCUCUCCUCAAUACAGUUAAGAACUUGGGUGCUUGCCCCAGUCUUAUUGAUAAACAUGUUGGUGCUGUUGUUAGGAAUACCUUUUUUUCAAUUCCAUGUAAUGUGUAAACUGGCCCCUAUUUACACGCUUCCAAUCUAGCUAGGCUAGCCUAUGUUACCUACAAAAUGUACCUGAGGGACCGCCUUUACCCGUAUGUUCCCCCAAGAGCACUACGGUCAGGGGCCCAAAAUUUGUUAGCCAUCCCGGGCCCCAAGGAUACCAAGCUGGCUGCUACUAGGACCAAGGCUUUUUCGGUGGCGGCUCCUACCUGGUGGAAUGAGCUCCCAGGGGAGAUCCGGGCCCC